AUGUCUAGCAAGCCUCGCGGUCUAAAUAUUCGAUUAGCUAAUGCAAUAAAUGGGAUCGAGAGAAGUAUCUCCCCUUCUUCACCUAGAAAAGUUACUCGUGGUGGCUUAAAAGUCGAAGGAAAGUGGAACAAUAAUAGUGUUGGGAGGCCCUAUACUCCCGAUGAGGAAAUUAGGGAAGCACCUGCUAUUGAUAUGGUGGAAUUUGCAGACGAAGAAUUUAGACCUGAAGCAUACAUCCAAAAAGCACUAUCAAACGCCACAGAAGAAGGAGUAAGGUCUUUCUUAGGGACACUACGAGAUUCAAAGGAGCUAGCAGCCAGCGAUUUGCAAAGAAAUGUGUAUAAAAAUUAUAAUGAAUUCGUGUUCAUCCUUGACUCGUUAGUCAAUAUUUUACAAUUAGAAAGUGAUAUGCUUGUAUUACGCGGGCAAUUGAAUGAAUUACGCAAUGUCAGCGACAAUUUAAGAGAUGAUAGUACAGAAUCCAUCAAUAUUGGGCCUGUAACUUCAGUAACUUCGGAGCCAAUUGUACCCAGAGGACGUAAUCCGACCCUAAAUAAUGCUACUGAUAUGCAAUCGAUUUGGAAAGCACAAAUUCAAGAAUUAUGGGCAGGUGUGGAAGGUGCUCAGAAUUUUGUCUCGUUAGAACCUGGAAGACAUAUACUUCGAGAAUGUUCUAAUUUUAUCGAGAUUAGUUUUAGUACAAAUAAGCCGAAACAAUCAGUGCAUAUUUUUCUAUUAAAUGAUUGUCUAUUGGUUGCUAGUAAAAAGAAACGUCAAGCUUCUAAAGAUACAUCAAAAGCCAAAUUGGUUGCUGACCGUUGUUUUUCUUUAGAAGAUAUAACUCUAAUUGAUAUGAAAGACACUGAAGAGCAAGUAAAUUUUAUUAAAAUCCUAAAGCAUCCGACGGAUCAAUUUAUUUUCCAAGCUGGAAAUGCCGAUGAGAAAAAAAAUUUGCUAAAUAUGACCAAACGCGCAACUGACGAAAUGAUGUCAGUCAAAGCCGUAAAACAUGCAGAUUCUGUCAUAGCUGCAGAAUCACAACAACAACAACAUACUCCACUUAUUAGAACACUUUCGAGAAAAAAAAAAGGAACAAUGGCACAAUCUCUGAGAUCAAGAAAAUCUGUUCCAAAGUUGCCGACAAAGACUUUUACAAUGAAUGAUAUUCGUGAAAUGGAAGAUUUAGCUGAUGAGUUAGAUGUCCAUAUUGCAACGCGUGAAUUUGAGCAAGCUGUUGAGAAUAUUGAAAAAGCAAAGAAUGCCCUAACUAAUGUAUCAUCGCCUAAUCCUGGAAAAUUGGAUACGAUUCGUGCUAAAAUGGAGGAUCGCGUCGUUCGGCUAUCUCUUGCUAUUAGUCGUGAUCUCUCAAAUCCCGACGUGAAAAAGUCACAUGUACAGAAAUGUACACGAUGGUUAUUGCGUCUCGGAUAUGGGGAACAGGCACGUGAAUUGUUCCUUGUUGCAAGAACUGAAAACAUUAGAAUAAGAACAAAACAACUUAAAUUCGAGGGGGAUAUACCACAAUAUAUUAAUGAAUUAUCAUUAGUGUAUUUUACCUUAGUUAAAAAUACAUGUGACUGGUAUAAUUCCGCUUUUAGAGAUAUGAGAAUGGCUUCAGGUCUUGUCAAAUGGGUACAAGAGGAGAUGGAACAUUAUGCAAGUAUGUUUAAACGACAAGUAUACAGCUUACAUAACCGUGAAGAUAGCACUAUACAAGAAUGUUUAAGAUAUGCUAGAGAACAUUGUUUAAUGUUACGCGAGGUUGGGUUGGAUCUUAAAUUUUUAUUAGAUAAUCUACUACGAUUUAACAAAAAUAAAGAUGAUAUUUCACAAGAUUCCCGGCUUGAAAAUGGUGAAAUGGAUACCGUUAUUGAAGAAAAUUAA